UUUACGAAUUGAACGUCACAUUUACUUUCGUCUAUAAAACCUAACAACCACUAUUUGUUAAAAAAGGUCCUCAUGAAAAAUCCAUAAUAAAACGCUUCUCAAAUCACGCAAUAUUAGUUACAAUUUCGUAAAAGUUAGGUUAGGAGGGCAUUAAAAUAAUUCCGUGCAAAAUCUUCAGUGGAAACAAUUAUCGUUGAGAAAAAGGAAUUCUCACAUCCCGACCUGAUACUUGCAUCGAUCAAAAGAUAUGUGAAGUCACAAAUUGAAGACAAGGCUUAAGCGUAAGAUUUACUUCCCACAUUUCAACGAGAAAGCUCCAAAAAUGUUGCGCUUCUACUUUUUGACAUGUUUUUCAACGACUGGGAAUAACUAAAUAAAGCAAGAAGGAAACGCCAUUUCCAAUGAACUGAGGCAUCUAACGGAGUAAAAUAGAAACUCGAUCCAGUAAAAAGUGCCAUCCCAUGGAAGAAAAUUGAAACUAACUAAACUAAAAUUGAAAUUAACUAAAAGUUGAUUAAUAAAUUUCAAAAUUGGUUAGCCGAGCAGUCAUUCGCGAAUCGAUGCUUCUCUUGCAUUUUCGUGCUAGUUGAAUCAGCGAUUCCCCAGGCCCACCACGAGGAGGUUGCCGCUCAAUAGGGCCCGUCUAGGAGCUCUAAAGCGUCUACCUAGCACCCAUUCUGUCACCUCUCCGUCACGAGACUUCGAGACGGAGAAAAACUGGGUGUACCUAAUCGUUUGAAAUUUUAUAACGUGAGCUUGAAAAGAGCAAGUAAAUGUUAAAGAAAGAUGUCAGCUAGAAACCACGAGGGUUUUUGAUAAUCUUGACACAUUGGUUAUUUUAUGCGAUUCAAUAAAAAAUGCAAUCACCUAGGAUAGAUGCAUUCGAUUACUACGAGGUUUUAGGCUGUACAAAGGAUUCUACUUACGAAGAUAUAAAACGUGCAUAUUAUCAGCGUGCCCUACAAUGUCAUCCAGACAAGAAAGGUAAUUCAGAUUGUAAUACAAACGAAUUCAGAAGAAUCGAGGAGGCUUGGAGGAUUUUAAGAGAUCAUCGCUCUAGAGAAGAUUAUAAUACACAAUGCAGACAGGCCGAGUUGGAAUCUCAGAGUCUUCUCAUUUAUGCUACAGUAACACUUAAUGAGUUAGAACCUACUAUGGAUAAAGAUAUUUUAAGUUAUCAAUGUAGAUGCGGUAGCGAUUAUAUUGUAAAUCAAGUCGAUUUACAAGAACAAAACUGUACCCUUCAGAUUCCUUGCCAGGAAUGUACCUUUGUCAUUCUUGUUGAAACAUAACAUAAAUUGAUAAAGAUAGAUCGUGUACAAACAUUAAAAUAAAAAUUCUCAAGAUCAUUUCUAAUAAAAUACAAUCACGUGUAUUUUAAAUAUAACGAAGGCAGGAUAAAAAUCAUACAAUCACACAUCUCUGUGAAAUGAUCGACUGGGUGUUAAAAUGCAGCAACAUUUUCUAUUUCUUAUAAAAAAUGAUACAACAGAUAACACAUUCUUAUAAUAUAAACUAUUGAGCAAUAUACAAAUAAAACACGAUCCCUGGAGCA